UGCGGCAGCAUGCGAGCGUGCUGGGCAUGGUGUUCAAGCACGGAGUCAAGCGCGCCGAGAUGUCCAACGCCAUCGACGUCUACGUGAACUGCACCGUCGGACAGGACAUGGACAGGAAGGUGUGGGAGGCACAGUUUGAGAAUCCGCCACAGCUGCUGUCGAAGGAUGAGAGAGAAGAGUGGCUUGCCACAUUAAGCAGUGUCUGUCUCAGCUCUGAUGCCUUUUUCCCCUUCAGAGAUAGCAUUGACCGGGCCCGCCAGAGUGGAGUGGAGUAUGUGGCAAGCCCGCGCGGCUCCGCACAGGACCAGGUAGUUAUUGAUGCUUGUAACGACCACAAGAUGGCGCUAGCGCACCACAGUCUCAGGCUGUUCCACCACUAAGCCGGAGCGAUGCUGGAGUGCUGAUCAGAAUCCGUUUCCAAAUCCGAUUUUCGACGACGUUUCUCCUUGUACGCCGCGGCCGCGAACUGUUGGCUGAGUGUGCUGUGACGUGAUUCGAUAAGGGAGUUGUGAGCGUUAUAAUUUUGUGAUUGAAUGUUAGUUUUGUUAUCGGUUAAUCAUUGCUAUUAGUGACGUCUAUGUUAAUAUGAAUUGUUUCAAUGUGAUACCAUUAGUUGCUGUGUUGAUAUUAGUAGCUACUAUAUUUAUACCAGUAGUUCUUGUGUUGAUAUCAGUAGCUACUAUGAGAUAUCGGUACAAUCUUUUUUGAUGUGAUUUGCAUGAUGUAUGUAUAGGCGUCACACCGGCGCAUUCGUGUUGGAUGCUCAUCUCCUGAUGCUCAUACAUCAUCACACGUUCUCGUGUUUUGCUGCGACCCUGUUUUUCUCGUUUCGGCGCGAAUUUCUUUUGUUGGCCUGGCCGCGGCAGGCUGUUGUGAGAGAGAGAGGGCUAGAGCUUCGUUCAUAUCUCACUGCUGUGGGGGUGGGGGGGGCUGGUGUCUGUGCCGCCGUGUGGGGCGGCUGAGGUCCCGGUAACGUUCGUAGCGGGGCCCUGGAUUCUCCACCGCGUCGUAUCGUUUCGGCAAAAAUUCGGGCUCGGAUCGCUGUGGCGUCCGCUUCCCACCCGGGCUCCUGGUGUCGGGUUGAGAUCGCAUCCCGCCUGGUCCCCGGGUGUCGCGUAAAAACCGGACCGAAUCGUCGAGGGGCCCGCCGCGCCAUUAAAAACGCGCCCGGGAAUUUUUCGGAUCGCGAGAGCGCGUUCGGUGAGUGGGCCAGGUUUUUGAUAAGAUAGUGCUGCUUAGAGGUUACUAGAGGCAGGUUGAGUGCGUGUUUUCACCUGUGAUAAUUCAGGAUCGUGAAAGGCAGGUUUACUUAAUUUACGUUUUGCCGGUGAUAGUGCGAUAGUCAUUAUGAAACGCGCGUUAAAUAUACGUUGGUUUCGGUGUUAUUUUGAUGUCGGUAAUGGCGGGUCACUUUGUUUUGCCGGUGCUAUUUUGACAUGAGAAAAGGCGGGUCAGUGUGUUUUUGCUAGUGCUACGUUGAGAUCUCGAAUGACGUAUUUUUGUACGCAUGAGGUUGUAAGACUCUGAGGAGUGAUUGUGUUUAACACGUGCUAGACAACGCUCAGAGCUGCUGCAGCAGCUGGGCGCAGUAGCUUUUUUGUUGUUAUUUAACACGUUUAUUUAUUAUUUUUGACCGUUCUAGUCCCCGAAAGGACUACGCAUAUUAUCGUAGCGGAUUAUGAAAGCGUGAACGGGCAAACAACAGUGAUGUGAGGUUGAAUUGUGAAUUGUUGAAUUGUUGAAUUGUUGAAUUGAAUUGUUGAAUUGAUAUUGUGUGAAUUGAAAAAUAAUUAAAAUAAAAGUUUUUCCCGAA